AAACUAUUAAGUUAUGGCUGCAGUGUUCUGUUGUAAAUUGAUAGGAAGCAACAAUGGCCCGGCUAAGUUUUAUAAUCGCUUUAGCAGUUUUAGUAGCUGUGUGUGACGCAGCAUUCCGUGUGGAGCGAUCACCACAAUUCGCGGGAGCAUCAGCGCAGGCUGGAGCAGGGGGAUUUGGGAGACCAGGAUUCGGUGGGCCUGGCGCAUUCGGCAGGCCUGGUGGUUUCGGCGGACCUGGCUUCCAACAACCUAGAGGAUUCGGUCAACAAGGAGGAUUCGGUCAUCAAGGAGGAUUCGGUCAUCAAGGAGGAUUCGGUCAACAAGGAGGCUUCGGAGGCGGUUUCCCGAGACAGGGGGGCUCUAUCAACAUUGCGAAGAGUGUUAGUAUUAGUGCAGGACGUGGCGGUGGCAGAUCUGGAGCCAAUGCUGGAGCGUUUGGUGGGAAGUAGUAAACAGAGAGUGUACCGCUUGAAAGACGCUUUUGUAAACUGUUGAUAUUGAUAGUACUUAAUUAUAUAUUUGUAUAAAAUAUUUUAAAAGUAUGUUUUUGUGUCUCCCUUUCCUUUGUUAAUUUUGUACAUAUUCUAAUUUAUUUU